UCUCUCCUCUCACUCCUUCCCCCUCUCUCAUCCCUUCAGUCUGCCUUUCCCAUACCAGAGAGCAGACUGCAGCAGGACCGCUGGGUUUUACUCAUCCUCCAAGAGCAGAGAAUAGAGGGACCACUAUCAGCCGAUGAGAAAGGAGUGACUUUUUUGCUGGAGGAUCUUGCAAGUUCCCCACAGAGAAGUACAGAUUUACAUCUGGCCCCACUUGCAGGCAUUUGGACCCUUGCUCAAACCUUGAGACAGGCAAACUCCCACAAUGGCUUGCCCCUUCGUCCUCAUCAGCUGUAGGAUGACUGCGGGUCUGUGCUGACAAGGCGUCGGCGAGCAGCAGGAAUGGGCGCUGUGCUAGCCAUAUUCCCCACUACCCCUUUUGAUACAGCUCUUCCACCCUCAGCACCACCCCCACCACCAUACUGCCCUCACAGGACGGGCGCUCCUCUAAGCCCCGCUGAUGGGCGAAGACACUGACGCCACGCCGAUGCUCAACCACAGAGGCUUCCUCCCCGACCACAACUAUGUGACUGAAGCCGACAUUAUCUCCACUGUCGAAUUCAACCACACGGGAGAGCUGCUUGCUACUGGCGACAAGGGAGGCCGAGUCGUCAUCUUUCAGCGAGAACCAGAGAGCAAAACCGACCCGUUCUCCCAGGGUGAGUACAACGUCUACAGUACUUUCCAGAGCCACGAACCCGAGUUCGACUACCUUAAGAGUCUUGAGAUCGAAGAGAAGAUCAAUAAGAUCCGAUGGCUGCCUCAGCAGAAUGCGGCACACUUCCUCCUCUCCACCAAUGAUAAGACCAUUAAGCUGUGGAAGGUGAGUGAACGAGACAAACGUCCAGAAGGAUACAACCUUAAAGACGAGGAGGGUCGCAUCAAGGACAUUUCCACUGUUACCUCCCUACAGGUGCCUGUUUUGAAGCCCAUGGACUUAAUGGUGGAGGUUAGCCCUCGGCGGGUGUUUGCCAACGCCCACACUUACCAUGUCAACUCCAUCUCGGUCAACUCUGACCACGAAACCUUCAUGUCGGCUGAUGACCUGAGGAUAAACCUUUGGCAUCUGGACAUCACCGACCGCAGCUUCAACAUUGUGGAUAUCAAGCCGGCCAACAUGGAGGAUCUGACAGAGGUGAUCACAGCGGCAGAAUUUCACCCACACCACUGCAACCUGUUUGUGUACAGCAGCAGCAAAGGCACCCUGCGCCUCUGUGACAUGAGAGAGGCGGCGCUGUGCGACCGACACUCCAAAUUAUUUGAGGAGCCAGAGGACCCCAGUGCUCGUUCCUUCUUCUCAGAGAUCAUUUCUUCUGUGUCUGAUGUCAAGUUUAGCCACAGUGGGCGCUACAUGCUCACCAGAGACUACUUGACUGCCAAAGUGUGGGACCUCAACAUGGAGAGCAAGCCCCUGGAGACAUACCUGGUUCAUGAUUACCUCCGCAGCAAGUUGUGCUCCCUUUAUGAGAACGACUGCAUCUUCGACAAGUUCGAGUGCGCCUGGAAUGGCUUGGACAGCGUUAUCAUGACAGGAGCCUACAACAACUUCUUCCGAAUGUUUGAUCGCAACACGAAGCGUGACGUGACCUUAGAAGCAUCCCGGGAGAGCAGCAAACUCCGAGCAGUGCUCAAGCCGCGAAGAGUGUGUGCCGCCGGGGGCAAGCGGCGCAAGGAUGACAUCAGUGUGGAUAGCCUGGACUUCACCAAGAAGAUCCUGCACACUGCUUGGCACCCCACAGAGAACAUCAUCGCCAUCGCCGCCACCAACAAUUUGUAUAUCUUUCAGGACAAACUCAACUCGGAGAUGCACUCAUGAGCACGGAUGGAGACGCAACUAUGCCGGAAUGAAAGCAAACAUACACGCUCAUAGGACGAAGCCUAAAGACACAAGUCGGCGUAUCACUUCACACACAAAUGUGCUCAUGUCCUCAUUUAACCAAAAAAGUAAAAGGGGCCUCAAGUAGGCCAUCAUGGGAUUAUGGAAGUUGAAGUCAGUGUGUUGAUUGCCACAAUUUAGCCUCUGAGGAGUAGAAACCUCAGAGAUGUUUACAUUUGCGUCCUCCUCUCAUUGAGUUACGGAUGUACUCCAGUUCAAAGCGUUUGUGUCUACCAGCACCAGUGAUGAGAAACGGGACAUUGAAG